AUGUGGCCGCUGCCAGCCGUAGCCGCGGCCUGCGUGUGCGCGCUCGCGGCCGCGGCGCUGUGGUUGCUGCGCCGGCCACUGCGGCGCUGGCGGCGCCUCGUCGCCUUCUCCGCGCAGCUGGCGGGCCCGGCGCUGCCGCGGCUCUCCCUGGGCGAGGGCCCGCUGGCGGCGUUCGCGGGCGCCUGCCGCCGCUACGGCACGCCCUGCAGGGUGUGGGUGGGCGCGCGGCUGUACGUGCUGCUGACCGACCCGGAGCACGCGGCGGCCGUGCUGGGAGGCGGCGGGAGCGGCGGGGGCUGCGGCUCCCACGAGAGGGCCGGCCUCCGGCAGUGGGACGCCCUGCGGCCCUUCACAGGGCGCGGACUCGCCACCGCGGCAGCGGGGGACGGCUGGAGCCGCAGGCGGAGACUGGUGGAGCAGACGCUGACGCCGCAGUGGGUGCAGUCACAGAGCGGCUGGCUGCGCCGGGUGGCGGACCGGCUGGUGGCAGCCCUGCAGCAGGUGGUGCCCCCUGCAGAGCAGCAGCUGCAGGUGCUGAAGGAGCUGCGCGCCUGCACGCUGGACGCCCUGGCCGGCUCGGUGCUGGGACAGCAGGCGCGCGCCACGGGCCGCCCGCCGGCGGGCUUCCCCCACCACUUCCUGCAGGCCACGCAGCUGAUAGACCAGCAGGCCGGGCGCCAGCCAGCGCUGCUGUCGCCGCUGCCGCUGCUGUCUCUGGCGGGCGGCGGCCAGGCCGGCGCGCGGCUGGUGCGCCAGCUGCGAGGCUACAUCGACGCGGCCGUCGACACCGCGGCGCACAGCUCGACGCGCGGCCAGGAGCGCCACAUCGCGCUCAGCUGGGAGCGCGCAGCCGACAGCGGCGACGACCCGGACAGGCUGCCCGGGUCGGCGCUGGAGCAGCUGCUGGCCGCGACCGAGGACCGCCGGCUGGUGAGCGAGGAGCUGGCCUCGCUGCUGCUGGUGGGCCAGCCCGCCACGGAGGCGGCGCUCUGCUUCACCCUGCAGCUGCUGGCGCUCCACCCGCAGGUGCAGACAGCGGCGGCGCGGGACGAGCAGCUGCUGCGGCGCGCCGUGCUGGAGUCGCUGCGGCUGUUCCCGGUGCAGCCGCUGCUGGCCCGCCAGCUGUCCGAGGACUUGAAGCUGCCGCUGGCAGGUGGCCACGGCCAGCUGCUGCUGCCCCAGGGCUGCAUCGCCAUCGUCUGCUCGCCGCUCACACACCGUGAUCCCGAGCACUGGCCCGACCCGGAUGCCUUCCAGCCCGACAGGUUCCUGGAGGAGCACGAGGUGCGCAGGCACCGGUUCGCCUACCUGGCGUUCGGCGGCGGCGCGCGGCGCUGUCCCGGCAGCGAGCUGUCGCUGCAGCUGCUGUGCGCCGCGCUGUCGCGCCUGCUGUCCGCCUUCCGCGUCGCCGCCGCGGGCGACAGCCGUGACCACCUGCAGGACCUGUGCCUGCGCGCCGUGCUGUCCCCGCAGCGCGGCUUCCAGCUGCGGCUGCUGCCCAGGGCCUGAUCGCAGCCGGCGGCGGCUCCGCUCCGCUGCCACCGGGCUGUCACUGCAGCACCACAAGACAGUUUCCAGCUUCGCUCGUUCUCGAGUGUGUGGUAGAAGUGGUUACACCAGCCUCAUAAGCUGUAAAAGACAAAAGCCACACGCUGUAUGCAGUUAUUCGUAGUUUGAACGUCAACGUACGUGACCUCGAAACAGAAAGCUCCAAAUUUCCUCGUACACCACUUUCGAGGGGUAUUCAAUAAGUAAUGGAAGACAAUUUUUUCUGAUGGCAGGCUGGUUUUAUCCAGGAUUAUUUCCCACUCUUUUGGCUUCAAGACCCCUUUUUUUUCAGCGUUAUCUCCAUUCAAUACGACGGCCUUAUGCCACCUUACUGGGAGAGCUGGUGUGCUGAUGUGAUGUUACUCUACUGGUUGACGUCAGAGCCAAUGUCCUGCUGCAUCAGUAAGUUCCGCAUUAUCCAAGGAGUGCAGCCUUCAGUAUGGUCAAACAGAUGGAAGUUGGUACAUACAAGAUCUGGGCUACAUGUUGAUCAGGAAGAGCAGUGCACUGAAGGUCUGUGCAUUCCUAUUGGAUGCCCAGACUUGUAUGAGGCCUUCCAUUGUCACGAAGAAGAAGUUUGUUUGGAUUUUUGUGGUGGCCAACAUGCUGAAGUCGUUUCUUUAAUUUCCAGUUGGAAGCACAAAAUUUUAAGUCCACCAAAUGGUGGACAGACGUGUCAGCACUACCAACAAUGGGUCCAGUUGAGCCUUAGGUGUUUGAUCAUGAUCUGUGCAUCACCUCCAAUAGGAGUGUCUGCAAAUUCCAUAAUUGCAGGAGUCACACCUGUGACUCACAUUCAGGAGGACGAUGGUUCAAUCCCGCGUCCGGCCAUCCUGAUUUAGGUUUUCCGUGAUUUCCCUAAAUCGCUCCAGGCAAAUGCCGGGAUGGUUCCUUUCAAAGGGCACAGCUGACUUCCUUCCCUAUCCUUCCCUCAUCCGAUGAGACUGAUCACCUUGCUGUCUGGUCUCCUCCCCGAAACAAUCCAAUCCAAUCACACCUGUGUUCAGCUGGCAAGCAUACAGGAGAUCAGACACGUUUGCAUGACACUGGUACGAUGAUGGGAGACCCCUCAUCUAACAACUCACCGUGCUUUCGUUCACUGCCAGGUCUCCGUAGACAUUCUCCGAGCGCUAUGAAUAUCUCCGAUAGUCCCGUUUUCCUCCGAGAGGAGCUCGGUGACAGCUCUGUGCUUGGAACGCACCUCCAUUACAGACUCCAUUUUGAAGACUGCGUAUAGCGCCGCCAUGUGUCAGAACUUUAUGAAACUAUAGGGGCAGAAGCGGGAAUAUUGCACGACGUCCCACAACAAAUUCCACAUUUUUCCAUCUCCAACUGGGCGAGGAAAAAAAUGUGCUGCAUAACGUAUUGAAUGCCCUUCGUGUAAACGUGUUGCAGAACUGCAAACAGCCCUGUGUAUGUGUAAUCUCUGGAUUCCUGAUCUGAGGUCUUGUACAUUGACAGCCAUGCUAUGCAUAACUGUGUGUAGCAUACCACUAUUGUUUUAUACAACUUAUGAGAAAGAUGUGUCCACAUCUAUUAUAUUAGUGUUUGAUGAAUCACCAUUUCAAAUCAAUGGUAUGCUGGAAACAAUAUGCUUCUUCGAAAAACAUACGGCUUGGUGACGGUAGCAUGUGGGGAAAUCUAUGCCAGAAGAAUCCACAGAAGAAGAGUAAACUGACAUGAUUACAGUUGCGACAGCUGUCCACAAAGAAAUAUUUCCUUUAUUACAACAACACAUAAAAGUUCAUUGUUACUGAAAAUAAAAAUACAUUAUCCAUCC